GAGAAACGCACUUCCUGUCCUGCUCCUGACACUGCGGAAGUGACUGCGUUUGGUUCGCCAAAGCUUGGGAAACUUAGGGUGAUCGCGGUCGUAGUUGCUUUUCGCUGGAAAGAUGCCCGGUCUGGCUGCCGCGAGCCCUGCCCCGUCUGAGUCUCAGGAGAAGAAGCCGCUGAAGCCCUGCUGUGCCUGCCCGGAGACCAAGAAGGCGCGCGAUGCGUGCAUCAUUGAAAAAGGAGAAGAGCACUGUGGACAUCUAAUUGAGGCACACAAGGAGUGCAUGAGAGCCCUGGGAUUUAAGAUAUGAAAUGGUGGCCUACUCUGUGAAUGGAUAAUCCCCGAAAAAUGAAGAAGAUUAAACCAUUUUGGAAGUUCUUUGAUAAAUGGUUAAAGUAUUUAUAAUUUAUUAAAAAAAGGAAAAUAACACUG